GAUUAGAUUACCUGAGGUCACACUCUCUUGCUCCUUUUGUUCUGUUGUAACCAUACCGCGCCUGUGUACCUGGUGCUGGGCUCUUGCAUGUAGGCCAUGGGUCUCAGCAGCACUGAGGGGCAGCUGCUCUCAGAUGACCACAGGCACACAAGCGUCUCAUAAAGGCUCCUGCAAUGAAUGCUCCAUGAUAACAUUUGUUAUCUGUGUUUUGAGCUUUGAACGUGUAGCAAAAAAUCCAAUCUGGCAGUAUUUAUACAAGAUAAGAGUUACAAUGAUCAAUCAAUUUGAUUUUUACAAGUAUCAGUGUAAGCCAUGGGUUCCAAGGGGGGUUGCCAGGGGUUCAAACCAUGAUGCAAUUUAAAUACAUGACGGAAAUAGGAGUAAAACCUAGCCCCUUAACCAAAAAAAAAAAAAAGAGUCCAAGGGUAUUGGGGGAGCACUGUUUGACAUUUAACUGCAACCAACCAUCUCAAAAAGUAAGUGUUUUAAGUGGACAACCAAUUAUGCAAUAAGGAACAGCCUGCCAAACCUCAAGCAAAUAGUAGCCUAUAGCUUCACUGUCACCUGUAGGCCUGACCAAUAUGCUAUAUUUCACUGAAGGACACUUGGGUUAUCAGGUGUUUAAUCCUUCUUACUUGGCAUCUCCCUCUUUGUGCUACACAACACUGCCAUCUAUGGACUGUUCUUGGACUUGUCUGUUAUCCAUCAGGGUCGCGCCUGUGUGCGUCUGGACGCACUGCCUUGGACGCGCCUGUCAUUUGGAGGAAACUCCUCCCAACAGACAGCGCGUCCUGUCGCCUUUUCCAGCGCAAUGGUCUCCUGGAUUAUCUCUAGACUUGUGGUACUUGUCUUUGGCACACUGUAUCCAGCUUAUUCAUCUUAUAAAGCUGUGAAGUCGAAAGAUGUCAAAGAAUAUGUAAAAUGGAUGAUGUACUGGAUAAUAUACGCUCUAUUUACAACUGUAGAAGCCUUCACAGACACUUUUGUAUGUUGGCUUCCUUUCUACUAUGAGCUCAAGAUAGCCUUUGUAGUGUGGUUAUUGUCGCCAUACACAAAAGGCUCCAGCGUAUUGUACAGGAAGUUCGUUCAUCCCACGCUUUCCUCCAAAGAAAAGGACAUCGAUGAGUACAUCUGCCAAGCAAAAGACAAAAGCUAUGACACACUGGUGCACUUUGGGAGGAAAGGACUCAAUGUAGCAGCCACAGCAGCAGUCAUGGCUGCCACAAAGGGCCAGGGCGUGCUGUCGGACAGGCUCAGGAGUUUUAGCAUGCACGACCUCUCCACCCUCCAGUCAGACCCGGAUCCCCCACACUCCAGCCCCACACAGCCCUCAUCAGCAGCUCAACACCGGACUAGAAGCAUGAUGCGCAGCAAAUCAGAGAGCCACAAAGGACAGGAGGAGGAUAUGGCAGAUUAUGAGCUGGUGGGGCUGGAUCCAUGGAGGUCCAAGGAGAUCCUGUCCCAGCAUGCCUUAGACAGAGAACCCCCGAGCGACAGAGCAUCCUUUACCUUCUCCCUCACCCCCCAGUCCUCUGCCCCGUCCACACCUUCUCCGCCCCCCUCUCCCCCUGCGGCGCCUGAGCACCCUGAGGAGCUGAGCAGACAGGUCCCCGAAGCAUCUAGCUCCCCACAGCUUAGGCUCAGUAGGAGGAAGGCCCCAGAGUGUUUGGCUGCUGGCUCCAUCAUCAUGAAUAGGGAGAUUGAGAGUAUAGCCAUGAGGCCCCUAGCUAAGGAUCUGACACGCAGCCUGGAGGAGGUCCGCAACAUCACCAGAGACCAGGCUCUUAGGGACCUCAACUUCUACACUGACCGCAUGAAGGACGCAUUGCGUCAUUUUGACAGCCUUUUUGCUGAGUUUGAACUUAGUUAUGUGUCAGCCAUGGUGCCUGUGAAGUCUCCCAAAGAAUACUAUGUACAGCAGGAGGUGAUUGUCCUUUUCUGUGAGACUGUCGAGAGGGCCUUAAAGCUGGGCUAUCUCACACAAGACAUGAUCGAUGACUAUGAACCUGCUCUGAUGUUUACUAUUCCCAGACUAGCUAUCGUGUGUGGCCUGGUUGUGUACUCAGAGGGACCUUUGAACUUAGACCGGAAAUCGGAGGACAUGUCUGAACUCUUUAGACCAUUUCGCACUUUACUGAAGAAAAUCAGAGACCUACUGCAGACACUGAGUGAGGAGGAGCUGAUGACCCUGGAGAGAAACCUGUGCAUUUCUCAGGAUGGAGAGCUGCCCAUGGGCCAGGGCUUGGCUGCUAACACCACACCGGCUCCUAGUCAGGAUACUCUGACCAGUAAUGAGAGCUCAGAGGGGGGCUGUAAAUGUGAGCCAGAUGACCCACCUGUGUUUGUGUGUGCGGGCCAAGAGCUGGCUCAGGUGGAGCGGGGCUGGGAGGAGAGUGAGAGCUCAGAGCCAGAACAGGGGCUGCUGUGUGAGGAGGCUGAAGAGGCAGAGCUGGCCUGCUCCAUGCAAUAUGACGAGGAGGAGCUAGAGCAGCUCAAUAUGAUGGUGCACCGUGUGGGAGACGAGAUGUCCACCCUACUGUCCCCUCCCAGUCAGGACCAGUCCCCAGCUCAUCAGCCCCACAGAGAGGCAGGUGGCAGUGGCUCCAGCACAAAUGCAUCCCCCCAUAGGCUUCUGCCAUGCCGAGAUAGGACUGCUCGUCAUUUAGAAGAAGAGGACAGAGUUUUCUUUAUGGAGGAUCUGGAUGCUGCCCUUUCCCGAGAGUGUGUUUGUGUGGCUUCAACCUCCCCUGCCCUCCCUCCUGGGCCCCCACAACACAAGCCUGUACAGGUAAAAGGUCCAGUGGGGAAUGGCUGUCACUCUGUCUCAGAGCAGCCCAACAGCCACAUUUCCCAUGGACUUUGUGUAAAACCUCCUCCCUCUGUCCCUGGCUCCGAGCCUCCGCCCUACACCAAUGGCUGGGAGCUGGAGGGCUGUGUGCCUGAGACCGCAGAGGUCAUCGCUCACCGCAUGGGAGGCAUGAAGCUGUCUGCCACAGUCAUCUUCAACCCUCGCUCUCCCAGUCUGACGGAGCUAGCUGUGGACAAGUUCCUGCCUAGACCCACUUCCUCUGAUGUGAACGCCUGUGGCCCCCUGGUGGCCACUCACUGCCUCCUGAACUCUUGUGUGUGCUGUGGCAGCUGUGAGGACCAUGAAGACCCCAUCAGCUCAGACAGCUCUGGGCUGGGCCUUGGUCUUGCUCUUGGAUUAGACAAACACUGUAAAACCUCAGCAGUGGCUUCUAAUGCGGUCAUCCAGUCGUCUGCUUGCAGAGUGCCUCCUCGGUCGUGCAAGCCUCACUGUAAACCUGGGAGGGUCCCACUGACCCCACAGCCUACACACUGCUCUGAGGGGCUUCUGGAAGAAGAGGGACCCCUCUGUGAUAAGUGCCUGCUGGUGCUGCAGGACUGCGAUGGGGGCCAGUCCAAGCAACAACUCAGAACUGAGCGGAAAGUGGGAGCCAGUGGAGACCGAGAAAUGGAGAAGGAGACAGAGACAGAAAGAGGAGUGAGCAAAGAGCCCAGAAGAGACGCUAAGGAGCAGUGCCGGAAGAGCAGUUUUCAGCAGUCUCCCCUCAGCUCAGUGUCUGGUAGUGACUGUGAGAGUGUGUCCGUCACCUCUUGUAGUCUGUCCAGCAGUGUCUACAGUCCCAGCCCUGUGAGCAGCCUCACCCUGAGUUCGACCACCUCUGAAGACGCUGACCACGAUGACACCCCACUGACCUCACUGCCUCUGCACAGCACCAAAGUGGCAGCUAGGAACAAGAUCCGCUCCCGCUUCCACAGUAGCAGUGACCUUAUCCAUCGGCUAUUUGUCUGUAUAUCAGGGGUGGCUGAUCAGCUGCAGACGAACUAUGCGAGUGACCUUCGUAGUAUCCUAAAAACUCUUUUUGAAGUCAUGGCCACUAAAAGUGAAGAAGGAGAUGACAGCAAACAAAAAGGUCCAGUUCUGCGUAGUGCUGUGCUGGAGGACUGUGCUCUGUGUCAAGAGAGCGUUUCAUCAUCUGAACUGGCAGCAAAGGCUAAAGAUGGUCAGUUUGAAGAUCCUCCAGAUUGGGUUCCAGAUGAAGCAUGUAACUCAUGCAUUGCAUGUAAAGCCCCAUUCACUGUCAUCAGAAGAAAACAUCACUGCAGAAGUUGUGGAAAGAUCUUCUGUUCUCGUUGUUCCUCCCAUUCCGCUCCUUUGCCCAGAUAUGGCCAAGUCAAGCCUGUGAGAGUGUGCACGCACUGUUAUAUGUUUCACGUCACUCCCUUCUACAGUGAUAAGGCUGGCAUCUGACCCACCAUCAGCACAAACACUGCAGCAAGCAAAUAUGCAAAGAGCAACAGGCCCUGCUCGAGAACAUGGGCUAUUGCUCCUGCUGACUUAGGAGUGAUGCAGUUAAGACUGUCUUAGAUAGACGGAGGAUAAGAGCAGUCACUGUUACUUCUGAGAAGGUGGUGCAGUAACAGCCCGUGGCCUUCUGAUUCAGGAGAAACUUAGAAUGCAAGAUGGAAUGCAUUUGAGUGUAUAAAGCUUGUCACAUUUGUAGUUUUGGGAGCUUCCUACAUUUUUACCAGAGAUUCCAUAAAUCAUUGCUUUAAUCCGAAGAAUGUAUAUUGACAGGCCUGACAAUAACAAUCCUGCUCACCCCAGUGUCAACAGUUGCUUUCUCAUAAUGAGAUUGGCCUUCAGAGGUCACUCUACUUGAGUGAGGUUUUAUUUUUAUUACAAUAUCCUUAUUCUCUGCAUUAUUGAAUGUUCUUCUCUAUUACUUAAACUGGGCAGUGGAUGCCAGCAGCAGGCGUCUCAGAAGAAUCCCCCUGGGCUUUGGCCAGUGCUGUUUUAGGCAUUUGGUCCAGGGGCGUUGAGGGCGAGCUCAGAGCACAGAGGCCUUCUCAAGUGGAGUCUGCAAAGACCACACCACACUCCAGUCCUCUUCACUAUGUGCAAUACUGCUACUACUGCACUGACUCUGUCCAGGGCACGAGUCUGCUAUUCAUGCUAAGCUGAGGUUAUUUGUGUUUACACUAAAUCCUUUCUUUAAUGGUACUGGAUCCUAUUUAUAUUAUUUAUAUUGUCAUAAGCUCUUUCCUCUGCUCCCCAGUCUUAUUACUUGUCUCAUUACAUGUGUAAUAGGACACAGAACACCCUCCACUUCUCAGGAUCACACCUGUCACAUCCCUAAUACACCCAGUCAAUCCUAUUUUUCAAUGAAUGUGGGUUAAGUUAAACUGUAAAACAUAUCAUGCAGUAGGUGAUGCACACUGCUCUCUCAAAAUCAAUCUUAUUUUGUAAUCAGACAUACACAGAUUAUGUUCUAUCAGUUUGUAUGUAAAUAAAUUGCUUUUUACUGACCUGGCUGACCUCUUUGGUGAUUCUAUGUAAUAAAAGUAUUUGUUUAAAACGU